AAAGUUUCUCCGGUGCUGCCAGAUAUGAGGAUCUGAGUUUAUCGAAGAUCUCUAAAUUUUAGCUACGAUUAUGUCAUAUUUCCCAAAAUAUGUGGCAAUAUUUGCCCUCUUUGUCCCGAGUGUUGGUGCGCUGGACGCUUUUAUGGCUGCAGUCUAUGAACAUGCUGUUAUACUACCGAACAGAACAGAAACACCCGUGCCAAAAGGAGGAGCUUUGCUCCUGAUGAACAAGAACAUAGAUGUUUUGGAGAAAGCAGUUAAACUGGCUGCCGGGCAGCAGGGUGCACAUAUCAUCGCUACUCCAGAAGAUGGAAUUUAUGGCUGGGUCUUCACAAGAGAGACCAUUGACCCCUAUCUGGAAGAUAUCCCAGACCCUGAUGUGAACUGGAUUCCAUGUAGAGAUUCCCAGAGGCAUCACUGAAAUAUAGUAAGUUUAAGGCAAUAUCUAUUAAAUUAGGUUUGGCUACACCCCCGUGCAAGAAAGCUUCAGCUGCCUGACCAAGGACAAUUCUAUCUCCAUUGUGGCAAAUAUUGGGGACAAGAAGUCAUGCAAUGCCAGUGACCCUCAGUGUCCCCCCGAUGGUCGUUACCAGUACAACACCGAUGUGGUGUUUGAUUCUCAGGGAAAAGUGGUGGCACGCUAUCAUAAGUACAAUCUUUUUGCACCCGAAAUUCAAUUUGAUUUCCCCAAGGAUCCAGAAUUUGUGACUUUUGACACUCCCUUUGGGAAGUUUGGCAUUUUCACUUGCUUUGACAUUUUUUCUCAUGACCCGGCCAUCGUGGUGGUGGAUGAUCUUCAUGUUGACAGCAUUCUCUACCCCGUGGCGUGGUAUAACACACUGCCCCUUCUCUCGGCUGUUCCCUUCCACUCCGCAUGGGCCAGAGCCAUGAGAGUCAACCUGCUUGCUGCGAAUACCCACAACACUGGCAUGCACAUGACAGGGAGUGGAUUCUACACACCGGAAGCUGUCCAAGGGUAUCACUAUGACAUGGAAACAGAGUGGCCAACUGAUGCUCUCAGAAUUGAAGUCCCGGCCCCGUAGUGAACCCAGCUACCCUGUAGCUGUUGACUGGAGUGCUUAUGCCAGAAGCAUCAAGCCAUUCUUGUCUGAGCAGUCAAAUUUUCUGGGAAUGAUUUAUUUUGAUGAGCUCACCUUCAUUGAGCUUAAGAGAAACACGGGAAAUUACACAGUUUGCCAGGAAGACCUGUGUUGUCACUUAACUUACAAGAUGGCUGAGAAGCAAACAGAUGAGAUGUAUGCACUAGGUGGUUUUGAUGGACUGCACACAGUAGAAGGUCAAUAUUACUUACAGAUAUGCACAUUACUGAAGUGUCAAACCACUGACCUGAGAACUUGUGGGGAGCCUGUGGGGUCAGCUUUUACCAGGUUUGAAGAAUUUUCCCUUAGUGGCACAUUUGCAACACAUUAUGUUUUCCCACAGAUCAUUCUCAGUGGAAGUCAACUUGCUCCUGAGAGACAUUAUGAGAUUUCAAGAGAUAGACGUCUGAGGAGCCGGGGCGGAGCCUCUCUGCCUGUCUUAGUUAUGGCCCUGCAUGGAAGAGUGUUUGAGAAGGACCCUCCACUCCGCUUAGGGCAAGGACCUAGGAGAUGACCAUGAUCUCCUUCCACGGGCACACUUUCAGGAUUGCCCUGGCAAAGAAAGGGAGAAAAAAUAAUGCUUCAUGUCUGUUUAAAAGAGAUGU